AUGAAUGAAAUAUCAGAACGUGACGGUUCGGUUACUGCUUGCUUUACUAGAAUGAAAGUGAGAGAGACGACUGUUGCAAGUGAUGUAUAUCACAAGCUUGAUGAGAUUAGAGGUAUUAGAAAGGACAUAGAGUUGAGAUUAUCACAGAGACCACAAUUGCAAGAGUUAACUGCUUACAGUUACUCAUUACAAGAAAGAUUGGAAGCAAUAACAACUAGUCUGACUCUUCUCAAGAAACAGAAAGAACUGAAACAAAUUGCUACCUAUUCUGAAGAGAAAAUCAAGGAAAAAAUAGGAAUGAAAGAAGAAGCAAAUUCUGCUGCAGAGCAUACAGCUAGUGACCUUGAAAUAUUGAAACAGAAAGAGGUUACUCAGGUCUCUGAUGUUAGUCAAAGAUACAAAACAGAAGUCAAAUUUCCCCGUGAACUGGAAGCUUUGAAUAUUCCAAUUUUUUGUGGACGACAGAGAGAACUGAACGAAAUAGAAGCAAAGUUGUGGGGAGAGAAAGAGAAACGUUCAAUCAUGAGACGAAUAAGAGCAAAGCUGUUGGCAGAUACAGACAAAAGUUCAACCAUGAGACAAAUAUUGUUUGUGUCAGGUAAGGGAGGAGUAGGAAAGACACGUCUCAUAGCAAAAUACGCUAAACAAUGCAGAAGUUCUUACAAAGGUGGAAUAUAUCUUUUUAACGCACAAUCCAUUCUGUCUUUCCAUCAAUCGCUCAAGAUUAACAUUGCUAACGUGACAUACGAGAGAUCAGCAGAAUGGGAUUUACUAUCGGAGUACAACUUUUUCCUGCGACAGCUAGAUAAAACUGGAAAUGUUUUAUUCGUGUACGACAGCUGCGACAAACUGGAAGUUAUUGAAACUCUUUUACCGACACAAGCUAAACAGAUUCAUGUCAUCGUGACGACGAGAACACGUGGCGGUCACGUGCUUCUAGAUGCCAAUCGUGACAGAGUCGUUCACGUCGAUGUACUAGAACCGAAUGACGCCGUCAAAGCUUUCGUGGAAUGGAAAGGAAACGGAGAAAGAGUGCGUAGCGUCGACGACGAUGUCAAAGAGAAGUCCGGAUAUGAAAUUCUAGUUAAUCUUCCACAGAUUGGUCGCCUGCCGUUGGCUAUUCGUCACGCUGGACUAUAUCUAAGGGAGAAGAAGAUUAGUUGUGACGAAUUCGGAGAAUUGCUUGAUAACAGAAAAGAAAAACUGAGAACGAUAGGAAACGAUGUCAAGGAAAUUUUAAAAUAUUGCGGCUUGCAACAUGUUGCCAACGCACUCGAAGAGGAAGGGAUUGCGAAUGUUGGAGACUUUGUCCGAGAUGACUUAUCCCGACUGCAAACGUCAUUUCGCAUAAGACCACAUGAACUAGAACAGCUCGGACGAAUUAAAGAGAGACUGAAGACAGCGACGGUUAUGACGUGGGACAUGCAGAUUGAAGAGAUAAUGAAGAAUUCAGACGCAACGAUCAGCACAAUACUUGAAAUAGCUUCUCUGAUAGACGGGAAAAUGAUUAGCAAACGUUUGCUGUUUAAUAUCGCUUUUAGUGAAGAUGACUAUGACUCAGGUAAUGAGAGAAAGAUGAAUGAUUUCAUUUCUCUGUUGUCAAACGUUUCUCUUUUAACCGAUGAAGUCGAUUGCGGCAUGCACGGUCUGGUGCAACAGAAUGUCGUAGAAGCAAUGAUGAGAGAAGGAACAUUUGCUCGUCGACUGCGCUUACUUUGCAAAUACUAA